GCAUUAUUUUCAUUUCAUCCAUCAACCAUCAUCAACAAAAACAAAAACCUUACUUAUUAGUCGAUUUAAUUAGAUGACUAUUUAAAUUAUUUUCAUCCUUUUUUGGUAAUAUUUAUAAAUUUGUAAAUUGAUUGUUUGUGAAAAUUUGCAAAAUGUUGAAUCACAUCAAGACAAUUGGACUGAUUGGAGUCCUUUUAUGUCUCACAAUAAACCCUUCCAAUGGAGACUGUCCAACUAAAGGUAAGGUUGGAGGUAAAGCUGUACCCGAUGUAUUGUCUUUGGUCAAGGGCCAAAAUGGUUUCAGUGCUACCGUUGAGAUAAUUACCCCCGAAGAAGAGUCAAUCAUGGUCACUGAAAAGUACAAUGGAGCGAAAAAGUUUGGUUCAGUCGAGAUCAACAAACUUGACCAAUAUCUAACUGAAACUCAUCAUUACUAUGCUGCAACCAAUGAAAAGUAUGUAAUUGAAGACUAUGGUUGCACUGCGAGUGAACUUUCAACCGAUGAAAAGUACAACACGAUAAAUGCUUGGGUUGUACCGGAAUCGGCUAAAGACGAGAUUGACCUUUUCGGUAACUUGGACUAUCUUGGACCAACUCAACUCAUGAUUUGGGCUCAAAGUGUAAGUGAUAAGGCUCAAUGGGUUGGCCAACAAAGGAUCGAUGGACGAAACACUGAUCAUUGGUUCCAUUGUUUAAGCGAUUCCCUUCAAAUUGAUUGGUGGUUCGAUAGUUCGAGUAAAUUACCUUUUCGAUUUGCCCUCAACUCUACCGGUGAAGGAACCGAUGCUCAUGUAUACAACUUCCUAAUCUUUGAACCUCUUCAAACAAGCGCAAACGACCUCGUCUCUUACCCAAUAGGUUUCGGCUGUUAUCGAUCAGCCACAAAUCAACCCAAAUUUCCCAGCUAUCUUUCAGCGGAAAAGUUUUCCCUCGACAUGGAAGCCAUGAUUAUGUACACUGAUCCAGACAAGGUUAUCCUCUCAUCUAAUCGUAUGAUUAAAUAUCAAAACACGUAUUCAUUUGAAAUUACCGAUGAACCAAACACGACUCGAAUCAUUCAAAAUCCAAAGCACAUGGGACGAUAUGUGGUUAAUGCUGAAACUGGUGAAUGCAAGUCAGAAGUUGUUGAUUGGUCACAGAUCAAGGAUGACAAUUUGGCGGUUAAAUGGCCUUGGCAUAAGGAUGUUGGUUUCGAUUUAAUGAAAGUGAUCAAUACUCAGUCUGGAAUCUGGUCCAACUAUAUGGGACAAGUAUCGACCGAUUCAGGCACAAUGGAUGUUUGGGAAGACGAUUUGACAAGCUUCUUCUCGGAAGAUGGUGUUGCCGAUGUGUCGGUGACUUACUAUUUCCCGUCCAUUGAUCGAAGCAAAAACCCAAACCAAGCUCCAGCCAAAAUUGUCCUCAAACCUCACAAUAAAAAUUACAUCAGUAUGACUCAAGAAAUUCCAUAUCAAGUAGAGAUAAUCUUUAUCGAUUAUGAGGAAGACAAGGUUGAACUUUCUGAUCGUUUCGAUGUAACUGGUUGCUAUGAUGGACCUGGUGAGUUUACCUGGUUUCAAAUUGUAAUGUCAGACCCUAAUGCAGGAACUUUCUCAAAGGAUUUGAGCACCAUUCGAGAAUACUUUGAACAAACACUUUCAACCUUUGUUCCUGUCAUACGAACUCCCGAGAUUAUUGUAAACCUUUACGAGUUCAACUAUUACGUGACAGUAAAACUUCUUGAACGACCUCCAUUUAAAUUUUAUUACAGCGACACAGGAAAAUUUGAAAUUGAAAAUCCAACUUCAAUCUUGAUCAGAGAUCAUCUUGAAGAUUGUGGCGACAUUUGUACCAAUGAUAAAAACUGUCACGACUUUGCUUAUUGUAGCGACUUUUCUUGUCAAAUUUUCAGCUCGUCAACCGGUUCAUCUUAUGCUUCACUAAAAGAAAAUACUGAUUGUACAGUUUAUUUCAAAAAUGGUUACGAUAUUGGAGAAACGGUUGUCCAAAGAAACAUUCUGGCCUCAACUAGAAACAUUCUCAGUCAAAUCAAGACAAAGGUCAAUGCUGGUGAGUUUGUCAUUUCCAAAUAUGCACUUUCAGCCGAUGACUUGUUCAUAGUCAGUGGACCAGAAGAGAUCGGAGGAAUUGAAGAUGAAUUUAAUGACAAGAUUAGUCCCAUAAAGGGCGAUGAAUUUGCUGUAAUUCAAGGAGACAGUCGAUUGACUUCGGGUGAAACAAUUCACGGUGUUGCCUAUCAAGAUUGCUUGAAAUUGUGCAUCAAUGACGAUGACUGUUAUUCACUUUCAUACUGUUUCAAUCAUCAUGAUGAAUGCAUGCUAAGCACUGAAACUAAAGCCAACUUGACCGCAGCUUUAUCUGCAAAAACAACACAUGCUGAUGGAUGCGACGUCAUGGAAAAAUCAUUUAUGGCCUUUUAUCGAAAGUUUCCUGGACAAAGUUUGGUCAGAGAUGCUAUUGAUACCAUCACUGAUAUCGAUGAAUCUGAAUGUGCUAGACGAUGUUACGAAGCAACAGGUUUUCCCUGUAAAUCAUUUGACUAUUGCACUCAACCCGCUGAAAAAGGUCUUUCAACGAGUAAACACGCUUGCUUCCUUCAUCAAUUCCAUCUGAUUGAAGACACAAAACAUGAAAUUAAAGAUAAAAUCUGGGACUUUAGCACUUCUUCAUGUGAUCAUUAUGCUGUCGUGUUAUCUCGUGAUUACACCCAUUAUGUUGGACGCCAAUUCAAAGCUGGUUCAGUGAAAAUAAUUAAAGAGAUUACUGAUGUUCCCCUGGAAAGAUGUGCAUCUGAUUGUAACUCUGCAGACGAAGGUUGCCUAACAUUCGAGUAUUGUGAGUCUCUUGCCAAUGAAAGAGGUUCAAAGGUAAAGUCAACCUGUCGACUUUCAACUUCUUCCGGAUCAGCAGUAAGCUACAACGUACUUGAAUCAACCAGUCAAACUUGUUCAGUUUACACAAACAAAGCUAAAGCAAUCCAAAGAGCUUCAGCUCGAAGUGAAGAUCAUUUUGGUGUUGCUAUGGGCCUUGGAUCCUUCUUUUUCGUUGCAGCAUUUGCAGCAGGAAUUGCUGGUUCAAUCUAUUACCAACGAAGGCGAGGUUGAAUUUAGAAUAAUCAAUUUUUUUACGAAAAAAAAACCAAUCAUGUUUAGACUAUCAUUGAAACAUCAAUGUAUACAAUUGUAAGUUUACAAAAUGAGCGAAGGAAAUGAACCUUAAUUUAAAUAAAACAAAUUGAUUCCUUCCAAUCUCAUCAAUAA